AUGGUACUUCUAGUUUAUGUUGAUGACAUUAUUUUAGUGGGGGUUUCUCAGUCCCAAAAUUUUAACUUCAUUCAAGUUUUGAAAGUUGAGUUUGCUAUGAAGGAUCUGGAGCAUUUAAAUUACUUUCUGGGAAUUGAUGCUGAUUGGAAUGCAGAUACUCAUACCUUGUUACUUACACAAAAAAAGUAUUCUCUGGAGUUACCAAAGAAACAUGAUAUGCUUGAAUGCAAUCCCUGCAAGACUCCAGUUGCUACUGGUAAGAGAGCAUCUCUCUAUGAUGGUUCCUUAUUGACUGAAGCUGCUGGUUACAGAUCAGAUUUAAGUUUUGCUGCUGGCUCUGGGAUUGAAUUUACAACAUGUGAUUGUUCUACUUUGUAUGCUCACAGUGAUAGUGGAUGCCCCGAUACAAGAAAGUCUACUGCUGGAUAUGGUGUGUUUAUGGGUCCUAAUUUGGUUGCUUGGUCUUCUAAGAAGCAACCUACAAUCUCCAGAUCAAGCACAGAAGCUGAGUAUAUAGCCUUAGAAGUCACUGCAACUAAAGUUCAAUGGUUUCUUAUCUCCUGA